AGAAGUAGAAGUAGAAGAACCGCUGUUUCUCUCUCUCUCUCUCUUUCUGUCUGAAUUCAAUCACUCGCUGACAAAAACUUCAUUUUCUCGCCGGAAACGUUCUCUUCACUCCGAUCAUAUACUAAUUGACCAUUUUCUCAAUCCUUUACUUUUCUCUUUCUUUGACUAUUCUCCCUUCCUCUCUCUCUCUCAUAUUAUUCAAAGAUGCUCCCAUGAAACUUUAUUCCAGUCAGUGAAUCUUCUUCUUCUCCUACUUCUUCGUCAUGAGUGACUCCACCAACAGCGCCUCUCCUUCCUCCGAUUACGCCUCCAUCUCCUCCGGCGACCAGUCUCUCCAGAGGAGUCGAAGGAGUGGAGAUGGAGGAACCCGAGCCAUUGUCCGCGAGUCACGUCACUGGCACGACAUCUUCUGGUCAGCCAUAUUCGUGAUCCACCUCAUAUGCUUAGGAUUCGUCCUCGCGGUUCUCGGACUCAACAGGUUUAGAAUAUCAGACAGGUUAAACAUCGAUAGGUACACUCAAGGCUUCUUGGAGAAUCACAAAGGCCUCACCGAGGACUACUGGCCUCUCUACGCCGUCGCCGGCGGCAUCGGAGUCUUCAUCAGCUGGGUCUGGUCCUUGCUUCUCGGCUCUUACGCCAACGAGAUGAUGAAAGUCUCGGUUCACAUCUUGACCACCUACUUGGCUGUGGUCAGCGUGCUGUGUUUCUGGUGUAGACAGUUCUUUUGGGGCGGGGCGUUCGCUAUCGGAGCUCUCUUGCAGUUUCUUUAUGUUGUUUCGGUUAUAGACAGGCUUCCCUUUACGAUGCUGGUUCUGAGGAAAGCGCUGAAGCUAGUUUGGGGGCUUCCUAAGGUUAUUAUGGUGGCGCAUGCUUUCACGGUCUUCAUGCUUUUGUGGAUGUCUCUGUGGUCUUUUGGAGCGUCUGGUGUUGUGGCGUCGAGCAUGGGGGAUGAAGGACGAUGGUGGCUUCUUGUGGUUCUCUCGGUUAGCUUGUUCUGGACAGGCGCUGUGCUGUGUAACACUGUCCAUGUGAUAGUUUCUGGGAUGGUGUUUCAUGUUCUCUUCCAAUGUGGUCAAGAAGAGUCGUCGUCCUUGCCUCCUAGUACUUUGGUUGAGUCACUUAGGUACGCUGUGACAACGUCUUUUGGGAGCAUAUGUUAUGGUUCUCUCUUCACUGCUGCUAUUAGAACACUUCGCUGGGAGAUAAGGGGAGUCCGGUCCAAGAUUUGUGGAAACGAAUGUCUGCUUUGCUGUGUUGAUUUCUUGUUUCAUCUAGUUGAAACUCUAGUUCGGUUUUUCAACAAGUAUGCCUAUGUGCAGAUUGCAGUGUAUGGAAAAGGAUUCAACAGAUCAGCAAGAGAUGCAUGGGAGCUCUUUCAAUCAACAGGUGUAGAGGCACUUGUUGCAUAUGACUGUUCAGGUGCUGUGCUUUUGAUGGGAACCAUCUUUGGAGGACUAAUCACAGGCUCUUGCAUUGGUAUAUGGGCUUGGAUCAAAUACAGUGACAGAGUUAUCAUGGUUGGAUCUACAGCUAUGUUGAUGGGAAUGGUCCUUGUGGGUCUAGGAAUGGUUGUAGUGGAGAGCGCGGUGACAUCGAUAUACAUAUGUUUUGCUGAAGAUCCUUUAUUGAUUCAGAGAUGGGAUGCUGAUUUCUUCACUGAGAUGUCUGAGAUGCUACACCGUCGUCUUCAGCAUCGUAGCGCUAGAGCUCGUGAAGUUUUGACGACCGCUUGAUCAGCCCAUGUCUCUCUGAUGACAAGUUACAUAACUGUAGAUUAUUAUAUGCAUUUAGUGGUGUUUAAGUCGGGAUAAAUCUAUUUUGUCAGAUGAUUAAUGCUUUUCCUUUUGUCAAAAUCAUGAAUAGAAGUUGUGGACGAUUUGUUUGAUCAAAAUGUAUCAAAUCUAAUCUACUCAAGAAGU